AUGGGGACACCAGGCAGGAAAAGGCCAUGCUUGCUGCUGCUGGUGCUGGCCACAGUGGCCCUGGUCUCCUCUCCAGGAUGGAGUUUUGUUCAGGGAACCCCAGCCACCUUUGGUCCUGUCUUUGAAGACCAGCCUGUAGGCCUGCUAUUCCCUGAGGAAUCCACAGAGGAUCAGGUGACACUGGCAUGCCGUGCCCGAGCUAGUCCUCCAGCCACCUAUAGGUGGAAGAUGAAUGGCACUGAUAUGAACUUGGAACCCGGUUCUCGUCACCAGCUGAUGGGGGGCAACCUGGUCAUCAUGAGCCCCACCAAGGCACAGGAUGCCGGUGUCUACCAGUGCCUAGCCUCAAACCCAGUGGGCACUGUCGUCAGCAAGGAGGCUGUCCUUCGCUUCGGCUUUCUGCAGGAAUUCUCCAAGGAAGAGAGAGACCCCGUGAAAACCCAUGAGGGCUGGGGGGUGAUGCUGCCCUGUAACCCACCUGCCCACUACCCAGGUUUGUCCUAUCGCUGGCUCCUCAAUGAGUUCCCCAAUUUCAUCCCAACGGAUGGGCGCCACUUUGUAUCCCAGACCACAGGAAACCUAUACAUCGCUCGGACCAAUGCCUCAGACCUGGGCAACUAUUCUUGUCUGGCCACCAGCCACAUGGACUUCUCCACCAAGAGUGUCUUCAGCAAGUUCGCGCAGCUCAACCUGGCUGCUGAAGAUCCCCGGCUCUUUGCUCCCAGCAUCAAAGCCAGGUUCCCCCCAGAGACCUAUGCACUGGUUGGGCAGCAGGUCACCCUGGAAUGCUUUGCCUUUGGGAACCCUGUUCCCAGGAUCAAGUGGCGCAAAGUGGAUGGUUCUUUGUCCCCUCAGUGGGCCACAGCAGAGCCCACCCUGCAGAUCCCCAGCGUGAGCUUUGAAGAUGAGGGCACCUAUGAAUGUGAGGCAGAGAAUUCUAAGGGCCGGGACACCGUCCAGGGACGCAUCGUUGUGCAGGCUCAGCCCGAGUGGCUCAAGGUGAUCUCAGACACAGAAGCGGACAUUGGCUCCAACCUGCGUUGGGCCUGUGCAGCGGCAGGCAAGCCUCGGCCCAUGGUGCGCUGGCUGAGAAAUGGGGAGCCUCUGGCCUCCCAGAACCGGGUGGAGGUCUUGGCUGGGGACCUGCGAUUCUCUAAGCUGAGCCUGGAGGACUCUGGCAUGUACCAGUGUGUGGCAGAAAAUAAGCAUGGUACCAUCUAUGCCAGUGCUGAGCUGGCUGUGCAAGCCCUGGCCCCUGACUUCAGGCAGAACCCUGUGAGACGGCUGAUCCCCGCAGCUCGAGGGGGAGAGAUCAGCAUCCCCUGCCAGCCUCGAGCAGCCCCAAAGGCUACAAUACUUUGGAGCAAGGGCACUGAGAUUUUGGGGAACAGUACCAGAGUGACGGUAACUUCAGAUGGCACCUUGAUUAUCAGAAACAUCAGCCGAUCAGAUGAAGGCAAAUAUACCUGCUUUGCUGAGAAUUUCAUGGGCAAAGCUAACAGUACUGGGAUCCUGUCUGUGCGCGAUGCAACCAAGAUCACUCUAGCCCCUUCAAGUGCUGACAUCAAUGUGGGUGAUAACCUGACACUACAGUGCCAUGCCUCCCAUGACCCCACUAUGGAUCUCACAUUCACCUGGACCCUGGAUGACUUUCCCAUUAACUUCGAUAAGCCUGGAGGUCACUACCGGAGGGCCAGUGUGAAGGAAACUAUUGGGGACCUGACUAUCCUGAAUGCCCAGCUACGCCAUGGAGGGAAGUACAUGUGCAUGGCCCAGACAGUGGUGGAUGGAGCAUCCAAGGAGGCCACAGUCCUGGUCCGAGGUCCUCCAGGUCCCCCUGGGGGUGUGGUGGUGAGAGACAUUGGAGACACCACUGUCCAGGUUAGCUGGAGUCGUGGCUUUGACAAUCACAGCCCUAUUGCCAAGUACACGCUGCAAGCUCGAACUCCACCUUCCGGGAAGUGGAAGCAGGUUCGGACCAAUCCUGUGAACAUCGAGGGCAAUGCUGAGACUGCCCAGGUGCUGGGUCUCAUGCCUUGGAUGGACUAUGAGUUUCGGGUUUCAGCCAGCAACAUCUUGGGCACUGGGGAGCCCAGCGGGCCCUCUAGCCGAAUCCGGACCAAGGAAGCAGUCCCCUCGGUGGCACCAUCAGGACUCAGUGGAGGGGGCGGAGCCCCCGGAGAGCUCAUCAUCAAUUGGACUCCCAUGUCACGGGAGUACCAGAAUGGAGAUGGCUUCGGCUACCUGCUGUCCUUCCGCAGGCAAGGCAGCUCCGUUUGGCAGACUGCCCGGGUGCCUGGUGCUGAUGCCCAGUACUUCGUCUACAGCAACGACAGCAUCCAUCCCUACACACCCUUUGAGGUCAAGAUCCGAAGCUACAAUCGCCGGGGGGAUGGGCCCGAGAGCCUCACUGCACUAGUGUACUCAGCAGAGGAAGAACCCAGGGUGGCCCCUACCAAGGUCUGGGCCAAGGGGUCCUCAUCUUCAGAGCUGAAUGUGAGCUGGGAGUCUGUGCAACAAGACACGAAUGGCAUUCUCCUGGGAUACGAGAUUCGAUACUGGAAAGCCGGAGACAAUGAGGCAGCUGCAGAUCGAGUGAGGACCGCAGGGCUAGACACCAGUGCCCGAGUCACUGGCUUGUACCCCAACACAAAGUACCAUGUAACUGUCAGGGCCUACAACCGGGCCGGCACUGGACCAGCCAGCCCUUCAGCCGAUGCCAUGACCAUGAAGCCCCCACCACGGAGACCUCCUGGCAACAUCUCCUGGACUUUCUCAAGCUCCAGUCUCAACCUUAAGUGGGACCCCGUGGUACCUCUCCAAAAUGAAUCCACAGUCACAGGCUACAAGAUGCUGUAUCAGAAUGACUUACAUCCAACUCCUACUCUCCACCUCACCAGCAAGAACUGGAUAGAAAUCCCAGUGCCUGAAGACAUUGGCCACGCCCUGGUACAGAUUCGAACUACAGGGCCGGGAGGGGAUGGGAUCCCAGCAGAAGUCCACAUCGUAAGAAAUGGAGGCACAAGCAUGAUGGUGGAGAAUGCAGCAGUCCGUCCCACCCAUCCUGGCCCCAUGUUCUCCUGUGUGGUGAUACUGACGCUCAUUGGCUGCCAGAAGCUCUGAUCUUAUCACUGCCUGCCACACCCAAGCUGGACACCCACCCUAACGGACACAGCCACUGGCCACACCCCCCUUCCAAUGCCACGGUGGUCCAACACUGUGCCUGAGAGUGGUUGGCUUAGAUACCUACCCCCAACAGUACCCUUUAUGGAGGAGGUAGGGUAUUUCUAGCCUGCCACAAGAUAGAAACCAUGCAAGGGAAUUUUCUUUGAAUCAGGAGGCACUGGGUAGUGACUUCCAUGAUAACACUAGGCCCAGUGCCUGGACCACUUGGAUCCUAGACAGAAGGAACAGGCCUUUGGACAGAAAGCAUUUAAUAUACAUUUUCAGAUCAAGCAGAUCUGGGGCCACACGUGGGCAUUGCCAUCUGAGAUCAGAGUCCCGGGCCCAGCAGGAACACAGGCAACAGUGGGCUGAAAACCUGGGAUAUCAUUUGCCCUCUGUGAAGCAGAGGGAGCUCUUCUAGUCCUCGCUGGACAAGCAGCGCCGCUGGUCCUGGCAUGGUCUUCCAUGGCUCCCCGGCAGUCCUUCCUGCUUGGUACCCAAGGGCCCCAGGCUACUGGGGAGAGGAGCUCAAAGGGGUUGAGAGGCUACAGCCCCUGACAGAAAGGGCACCUGCCUGGGCCCAAGGCCAUGCACCAUGCAGGUGGCACUGCCCUCUCAGCCAGCACUGCCAACCCAAUCCUGUCACACUCGAGACUGAAUGACAUAGUGACAGAGCCACUCCAGGUUGCUAGGUGACUAAAGGGCUUGUCUCGAGGAGUUGCCUUGCCCCAUCGAGAUGCCUCUUUCUUGGCCCCUCCAGGGUGUGGGCAGGAGAUGUCCAGCUGAAUGCCACUCUCUUCCCUUCAGCUCUGCUGCAGAUCUAUGCCUGCCUCCACCUCCCAUAAUUGCAGGCCCUGGAAACAAACCCUCAACACAAAAUCUAUUCUUUGUCCUGGGAUGAAAAGGCCUCUGAGAAGGGCCAGCAUCAAUGUGGCCCUGCCUGCUUCCAGGAGUACUCUCCACCACCUGGCCACAUCUGCUCCCCCAAACUGCCUUGACUACUCUGAUUCCCCAGAAGAAAACGGGGCUAAUAAAGGGGGCAGCCUACCUUGAGUUCGGGGUACAUUACCAGUGACAGGCCAGACUACCAGACCUGAGGAGGCCUUAUAGCCUGGCUGACCCAUACCCUGCCUGCACUUAACAGACGAGGAAAUGUUGGUCCAGAGAGGGUUAGGGACUUCCUCAGGUCACAUGGCUUGGCCAAGCACCAGAGUCUCCUGCCUGCCGGUGGGAGGUGUUGAGAAAGGAGGCGUGGCGCUGAGCAGCCACAGCCUGGUCACUAAGGUGGCUGAUGCCUCUGAAGGAUGAGUCCUCUGCUCGGAAGGUUCCUGCUGGUGAGAAGAUCAGUAUGGAUGCCCAGUCCAGGCAGAUUCCAGGAGUCAUCAGCCAUCUGAGACAGGCUUCUGCUGGGAACUCAGCAAGUGGCACUGGUUGGAAGCCUCUCAGGCCCUCAUCUGUGCUCCAAGAAGAGAGGCCAAAGCAAGGACAGAGUUCCUGAGACCGGGACCCUGUGGCAGCACGACCAGGAAACCCCAGUGUCUACACCCUAGGCCCACAGGAGCAGCAGAGCAAGAGCCUCAAGAGGCACUGGCCCUGCAACUCCAGGGCCCAUUUCUGUAGUUUACAGUUAGAGCUCUAUUUUGUUAUGGUUUUUUAAACUUUAAGCUCUGCUCUGUUUUCCUGGGCAGGUUUAUGUUAGUAAUUACCCACUACAAUUUUUUAAAGAUGUACACUUGCACUCCUCCCUACCACCCCAAACCUACCCCUAGCUAGGGACUGCUUUCCUGGAGCUGAUCCAGUACUCUUCCCCUGAUCCCGGCACCUCACCUACAAGGGUGCUAGGGGCUCAGCCAUGUGCUCAUUCUCACUCACCGGGACCCCACAGUUAGUCUAGAUCCUUCUCCACCCCAUGCUGGCUGAAAUUUGGCUCCAGGCAAGCUCUGGAAAGUCCCACCUAAUCCUAGAAAGGGGCAACAGAAAGAAACCUCCCAAUAUUUACCUAUUUCUCACUGCCUUGGGCUACAGGAGGGACACUAGAGAAGUGGAUGUCUAAGGUGAGCUGGUUUGGCACUGGACCUAGCUAGGGAGAUGGGAGGCUCCUAAGGGGGAUGCAGCCCCUAAGCUUUUCUUCUAUCAAGGUCCAUGAGAAGCAGGCAAGCUGCUGGAAGACCCAGGAGAGGAAAACUUUAGCCCUGUGCAGGUAGAAUUUCUUUGGAGGGCUUGAAGCUUAGGGCUUCAGGUGGAGUGUUAGCUACGGUGUAACAAAGUCACAGGUGACCCCCCAACAUGUAAGCUUGUACAUGGAAAAAGACUUGCUGAGGAAACUUGGGCCCUAACUGGCUUGGAAAAGGCUAGAUUAAAUAGCUUCUCUGAGACCCUUCCUGGACAAGGGCCCUCCUGAUUUUUAUAGGCUGGGGAAACUGGUGGACUUGCUCUUGCUAUGGUCAUGACUUCUUUCAUGAGAUUCCAUCCAUUCACACUAAACCACAAAGGGACAGCCACAAACAAGUACUCUGCUUGGGUUUAGCAGGCAAGAAAUGUACCUAAGGGCUAGGGACAGAGCUACCUGCUCUCUCUUGGGUUGGGAGAUGCUCUCUGUUCUGUCCAUACAAGGACUCAGGCCACCACUGAGCUAUCUCCUUGUCAUCGGAUGGUGUGGAUGAGAGUGGUUUUGCUGUCUAGGGUAGCAGGUGAGCCCAACAAUGGGGGGGGGGCAGUGAGGCUACGAGGUGGGGAUGAGAGGCUUGACAAAGAACAGGACAGAAUGAAGCCAAGGUCAGAAAAGUCUUAAAAGAAUGAGGAAGGGGCUUCAUUUUGAGUAAGCUUUGAAGAACUUUGAGUGUUCUUGCGGGAUCUUGGAUGGGAGAAAUCCUGAUUGGAGGGUGGGAGGUGCUGAGUCCUUCUGGAGCUCAGAUAUUAAGAAUCAAAAUGCCUAACACAGGAAAGCCUUAGAGGUGCCAUCUGCUAUGGUCCCUACAGCUUAAAAAAGCCAUCAAAGGGAAUGGUCCACCACAGAGCAGUCCUUACACACUAGUGCCUUCCCCAGGGGGCAUUGCCUCUCUGCAGUCCCCAAAAGCCAUUCUCGCCUGUGCUCUGGCCAAGAGCUCAGUGUGGCUAGUGAGGCUUUACUCCCUUCAUGCCUUUCCCAGCAACCCAGGCACCUUUUCUUUUCCUAGUGUCAAAUAGCCAUCAGGGCUCCUGCAUGCCAGGGGGAGAGCAGUGUCCUCAUUCCUAUUACUGGUUCAAGUGUGGUGUUCUGUCUUGCUAGCUGAGACCAAACUUGGUGAGGGGAAUCUCCAGGUGGAAUUUAGAGGGACCCUAAAGGACCUCAAGAAGCUCACAGGAAACAGUGCUGGUAGCUGGGGAUGGGGUUGUACCUCUUGAACCUGUACAUAUGGUCAUAGGCUUUGGGAAAGCAGGGCAUUAAAGAAAAACUGGAGAGGGAACAAAAUGGGUCAGACAGCUUUGUCCAGAGUGCAGGUUGCCGCAGAGACUCACAGCCCAUAGUUUCUUUAGAGGAGAUGAGACUCAACCUGCCUUGGCACCUGACACCUCCAACUUAGCCUCCAUGUCAGAGCCUGUGCAGCUCUGAUCUCAGGGCUCCAUUGGACCACUGAUGACAGUUCCUGUUCAAAUGCAGCCCCACCUACCCACCCCACUCUUGUAAUAGUUAUUUAUUGAUUCUGAUAGCAAGCAGUUCUUAAUAAAGAUGUUUUUUUCAACCUGCCCAGGCAGCUGGGUCCUUCUCACCUCACUGAAGUGUGCUUCCUGGGCUUGUUCUGCAACCAGUACAUCCACCUUUCACUCUGAGGAAGCUGCACACCAUACAGCUGA